AUGAUGCAACUAUGGAGGAUAUUUGUCUGGUUUUUCUUCUUCUUAGGCUCAACCAAGGGCGAAGGUUGUAAUGGUAGUCCGGCACUUUGUGAUCAGAAGUACUCGAACGUCUCCCAGAUUGGUACUCAUGAUUCGGCAUUCGUUGGGGAACUUCCCAGUGAUAAUCAGGAAUUGUCGGUUACGGAUCAGUUGAAUCGAGGAAUUCGGAUGCUUCAAGCUCAGACGCAUGAUUUGGUUGGUCAAAUCCAGAUGUGUCAUACUUCUUGCAUUUUGGUUAGUUUUUAAAUUCAUUUACUUGUAUUCACUUGUUUACUUCGGUUAAAUCCAAUUGAUGAGUCGUUUGACUGACCGGUUUGAAGCUUAAUGCGGGGAGUUUGUUGAGUUAUUUGACGACGAUUAGAACUUGGAUGGAUGCGAAUCCUAAUGAGGUUGUGACUUUGCUGUUGACAAACCAAGAUGGUAAACAUUUUCAUCUAAAGUGAUGCAUGAGUAACUUGCUAAUUUUCUAUCAGCUAUCGACAUAGCAAAAUACAACUCAGUAUUCGUCCGAGCCGAUCUCGACAAAUACACCUUCAAGCCCAAAACCCGACUCGCAAUAGACGACUGGCCCACUCUCCAAGAACUAAUAACCGCUAACACACGCCUAGUAGUAUUCAUGGGUACCUCCUCCUUCCCUUAUUUCCCUUCCAAUUUCCAUCUUCUCCUCCCUAACACCUCCCAGACUACCACGCAGACACCACCCGAGUCCCCUACAUCCUCGACGAAUUCCAAUACUUCAGCGAAACCUCCUACGAAGUAACCGACGAAAACUUCCCCUCCUGCGACAUUGACCGUCCCUCAGGCUCCACAGAAAACCUCAUGUUAAUCGUGAACCACAUGCUACACAUCGAUAUCUUCGGCAUCAUGAUUCCUGAUCGUGAGAAUCUGGGACGUACGAAUGCUGCGACGGGUCCCGGAAGUAUUGGUGCGCAGGUGGAUGUUUGUAAAAGGAAAUGGGGUCGCAAAUCGAGGUUGGUGUUGGUGGACUUUUUUGAUACGGGGGAUGUGUUUACGGCGCAGACGAAUUUGAAUUCGUAA